UCCGUGGUUCCCGCGGGAUUUGUGAAUAACUGAUUUUCACGCGGACGAAGUUUCAUUUGUCCCCUUGUGCUACAUAAUGUCGACCGUUGUAAACUUUUAUGACAGCUAAGGAACUUAGUUACAGUCCAAACCUUUAACCUAUUUAAUGAACUCGUCCCUUAGUUACAACAUCCGUACAUAGGUAGGUACAACGAUUUGUAAACGUGGCACGUUUAACCGAAGGGGAAAGCGGUCCGGAGAGAGUUCGCCCUCGAAAAUAGGUUUUUCUUCCAUUUCAUUCCGUUGUACAGCUGCGAAUGGUUGGCAACAUAUUUUGAAAGUAAAAAGCAUUGGUAGAUUAACUGGAUCGAGGAACGAACUUAACUUGGAGAUUGGAAAAUUGUUAUCGCAUUUCGUACCUGUGGGAGCACCACAGUACGAAAUGCAAAAUUAAUUUGGGAUUUUUUUUCUAUAUAAUCUACCUACAGACGUGUUUUAAAAUAAUAUUCUUACCUAUCUAUUUAUAAGCGGUUGACUCUCUAGAGCUGGUAAAAUUGGCUGAUGAGUAGGUAUUAGAAAUAAGUUAGUCACUUUUUGCCAAUUUUGAUUUAAGGUCAAUCGCCGAGAGUUCAAAACUGAUAAGUUUGGUAGCUGAUCUAAGAGUUAUAUUAUGUUUGAUUUUUCACUGAAAAACCAACUACCCGCAGAACCCUAAUUUAAAUUUGCGAAGUUUAUACCCACAGGGUAUUUUAUAUUUCGUUGAAUACCUCGAUGAAAAGGCUUCAUUAACAUUACCGCACCGUUGGUGUUGCUUCAAAAGGUCUGCCUUUAUUGAUUCAAGCCGAAACUUUAUCGGAAUUCUAAAAGCGUGGGCGGUGCUAGUUAGGUAUUUGAUUAAUACCCAAAACCCACACAGCAGACCUACUUAAAAUCAGAUGCGAAAUUUAUUCGAAGUGACUAAACUGAACCAGUGGCGUAGCUAGGUAUACUAAAACAGUGGCGUAGGUACAAAGGCAAUCUCUUUUCCCUGGGUUAAGUGCACCAAAAAGGUAAAAAAAAUACACAUAGGUCAAGUCACAAUUAUUUAUUUUAAGAAAGCAUUUUUGUUUAUUUUGUGAGAAAUGUUUACCCUUAAUUGGGCCCUCCAAGUAAUUCUGAUACAGGGCCCCUCCAAGGCACGCUACGCCACUGUUUUGCUCAUAAUAAGUACUAAAGUUAAUCAAUUAGUCAUACAUUUUUCAUAUUCUUUUGAAACUUCAGCUAUGCCUACUUCUCAUUAAUAUUUAUAAAUAUUAUAAACUUUUUUCUUUUCUUUUUACAGCUUGCAAAAUACUUUACUACUUUUAUUAUAACGUGUCACAGGAAAAUAGAGAAUAGAAAUUGAGUUUGUAACGGAAAAACGAGAACCGUGUCCGUUAAACUUUAAGCCGAUUAUACGCGCUAAGUAGGAAAUUAUUUAUACUUAACUGAAUACACUUAACAAAUUGCGAAUAAAAGUAGACGCAUUUUUAGGGUUCUGUAUUCCAUAAGGAACCAUACACUGCGCGUGGCCCGACACGCACUUGGCCUGUUUUUCUUUCAGAUCGCUAACGCUUCGAAAACUAGAAAAAUGUAUUUGAUCACGUAACCUGUUGACCUGUCGAUAGCAAAUGUCAUUCCCAUACAUCUUUCUAGUUUUCGAAGCGUUAGCGACCGUAGAAAGAGAAUCGACGUGCCACUUGGCUAGGGGGGCUGGAAUGAUAUUUCCCAUUUUGAGAGAGUGUUUUGUAGCUUAGAUUAUAUCGCAGCCAAUGUUGAAUAGGCCAGCUAAUAGCACGCCUAGGCUAUUCAGUAGUUAUUCAAUAAACGCAAACAUUCAAUGAAAUGGCUAAAACGACCUAGCCAAACAUUAACCUCAGGGUUUAAAUUUUGGAUAGAAGCAGGCGUUACUUUGCGGAAGUUCAUCAUGAAUAGAUCAAAAAAUAUUAAUUUUGCUAUCAUCCGCGAAAAGCUGACGAACCCAUGCGACAACAUCUGCACGUCGGGGUGAAACGUAUUUAGAGAGAAUUUUGGGUGACGUCGCAUGGGUUCGUCGGCUUUUCGCGGAUGAUAGCAAAAUUAAUAUUUUUUUUUAUACGCAGGGUUUAAACAGAUUACAAAAUUUCACAUCCUGAGUGCCCGGACAUGAAAUUAUGUUUGUUUGACGAUGAGUUCUCUGAAGUCUGCCUGGCUGCCUAUCGACCGCGCAUCACGAAACUAGAUACUUAUGUAUUCAAAGGAGACUGACGAAGUCGAGGUCGUCCGCUUGUCUAUACCUACUAAUAAAAACCACGUUGUUUGAAGUGAGUCACUACAAACCCCCAUGACUGCAUUUCCACUGCAGCGAGCAAUACAUAGACAGACAGUCGUAUCUACUUUUGUAUUCCAUAUGAUUCAUCCCUUCAAGUAGGUAUUUCAAAGGGUGCAUUGCAUUAGGUACGAGUACCUAAUGCAUUUACUUUAUGCAAUUUAUUUACUGCAGCAUACUCUACUCGCGUCUGCAAGGGAUCAAUAUUAUGUCCAAUUCCAAACGUCGUUGAAACUAUAUGUAGAUAUAACUUAUAAUUUAUUUAGGUAGUUAGAAUUUAAUUUAUUUCAAUAAUACCCCCAAAAAAUCUAAAAAUACUAUAAUUUAGGCACCUACUCGUAUUUAAACAGAAAUUCUUAUUGUGUAUUAUAGUUAUAUCGCUUAUAUAUACGGACGUAUAUCCUUACAUUUUAAUCAGAAAUAGGUAGGUACUUAUGUUUCAAGUUACAAAUUGAUCGAAAUGUUUAACUCAAUUGUAUAUUUUAAAGUUAUUGGCACGUGCAAGGGUUGUAUUUCAAAGGAAGUGUACGGUGAAUUCACUCUUUGAGUCUCAAAGCGGUUGCACUUUGUAGUGGGCAAAUAUAUUGCUGACUGACUUCAAUUCACUCAAUGCAGAUACCUGGAAGCGACGAUCGAUAUGUUGAAUGUUUGAGAGUUUUAUAAAAGUUUAGUCGGUAAAACAUCUUACAUAAUCUGUAAAAGAUCUACUUACGAAAUAUUUUACAUUUUAUGCAAGUAAAUAUAUCUAUUAGCUCAGACUAUUCAACCAAAAGGCAAAUAGAGCGUACAGAACACGCGAGUGAGGCCGUCAAAGCAAAUACACCCAAAAGCGAUUGCAAAAGCGAAUACAAUCUUAAACAAUACUGCGCUCAUUGUCGUUUGGUGAUGGCGGUCUUAUUGUCAUUUGUGUAAGGCGCUGUCAAUUUUAGUUCAGGUCUUAGCCCCGGGAAAAAGACUAACUUCGAACUGGCGGCAAAAUUUUAAAUGUGUUUUAUUAACCAUAGUAACUAGUAAUAACAUUAAAAAUUGAAUAAAUAUGCCAAUUUACAAUAAACCUUUUAAUGUUGGGCUAAAAUUGUUCACAAUUAGUUAAUUAAUAAAUAUAAAAAGGUUAUAUUGACAGGUGUCAGAAACGGUGUCCAUCUCCAAGCGGUCGGAUUUUAGAUACGUUUAUUCCGCACAUGUUUCCAAGAUUCACUUAGCUCAUUUAUUUUAUUCCUUGAGCAGACACUUAGGGUCAAUUAGUUAUUUAAACAUUGCGGUCCUUCAUUAGGAAGACCGUCAUUAGGCUGCAAACAUAUUACACAAACACACAAACCCAAACACAAUUAGGUCUUACGUCAUUAAUAAACUAACUGAAUUUUCUUUCCUUAAAAGUUUAUUAACAGAGGCGUAGCUAGGUAACCAAGGGCCCUGUCGCCCUGCUGCAAAUGAAAAAAUGGGGCCCCAAUACUAUCUAAACUGGUUAGGUUUUAUCAAGUAAGUAAAAAUAUUAAAUAUAUACAAAUAUAUAAAAACACUUUAACAUCAGCUCAUUUUCGUUUUCGAAAUUUUCUAAUUUCAGUUCGAUUACUGUGUAUUCUGUGGUUCGAUCGAUCAUCGAUCGAUCGAUCGAGUUUCGAGUUUCGUUUCUAUAUCUCUGUCCAACAGUAUAUUACAGAUAACAGUAGGUAGAUGACAUUUCUCAGUUGAUUUUAUAUUUAAUUUUUUGGUUUUUAAUUAAUGAAUAGGCCAGCUGGACUACCGACUAUGCUAUGAAAUAUGGGAAUAUGCCUUUAAUGGCAAAAAAAAUAGUUUUUAUAAUAAAAAUAUCUCCCGCUUAUGCUCUAGUGUCUAGUAGUUGAGAAUAAACGCUUACAGAAAUCUUUUUGUAGAAAACCUUACACACAUCCAGCUUACAUGCUUUUUUUAGUGAAAGAACUGAAACUUUCUCAUAAAUCCAUCAGUCCAUUGGUGAAACCCGUAUGAAAAUCCAGUGUUUCAUUUUAUUUCAUAUUAUCGUGGUAUGUACCCGUUUAAAUAAUAUUCAUAAUAAAUCUUAUGUCGCCUAUGAUAGACCUACCUAAUAGGUAUUUAAAAUAUGUAGGCAUACACCUACUUACUUAAACAGUUAACAAUAACAGCACAUUUUCACCCAUCGCUUACAGUUUUUUUUAAACAUGGGAACUGAACACUGAUCAGUGCUUACAGAACAGCUUAGUACACAGAACAGAGACAAUAGAACUGUGUUGUGACUUGUGUUGUGCGUGUGUGUGAGGGAACACAGACAGACACACAGAACAGUGUCGCGCGGGCGACGGCGGUGGCUGCGGCGGGGAGUAAAAUGGACAAUGACCAACAACUCUACAAAUAUCGGACCUCUCUCCCAGUGGCCCAGUUCAGUCGAGGCGACUUCUCCCUCUGGUCGGUUCUGAAGAACUGCGUGGGCAAGGAGCUCUCGAAGAUCACCAUGCCGGUGGUGUUCAACGAACCACUGUCGUUCCUGCAGCGGAUGCUGGAGUACUUGGAGUACGCUCAUCUGCUCAGGAUGGCGUCGGAGCAAACGGACCCAGUUGCUCGGAUGGAAUAUAUUGCUGCCUUCGCAGUGAGCGCUCUUGCUUCGAAUUGGGAGCGUUUGGGGAAGCCAUUCAACCCUCUUCUCGGAGAAACCUAUGAGCUUGAAAGGCCAGAAUUUCGAGCUGUUUGUGAACAGGUUUCACAUCAUCCGCCAGUUUCUGCUUUCCACGCCGACAGUCCUCACUUCGUCUUCCACGGGUCUGUACAUCCCAAGCUGAAGUUCUGCGGCAAAAGUGUCGAGAUUCAGCCCAAAGGACACGUCACGGUGGAAUUGCCAAGGUGGGGGGAAGCUUACACCUGGACCAACGUGAACUGCUGCGUGCACAACGUGAUCGUGGGCAAGCUGUGGAUCGAGCAGUACGGCGCCAUGGAGGUGACCUGCCACGGCGGCGCGGGGCUCAAGGCCAACCUCGCCUUCAAGCCCGCGGGCUUCAACAACAGGGACUUGCACAGGGUCGACGGUUUUAUUGUAGACCAACACAAGAAACGGCUUCGUUUCCUGUACGGCAAGUGGACGGAGUACAUCAAAUGCUGCAGCGCGGCCGCUCACGACCAGUGGGCCAAGGAGCGCGGGGAAGAGGCCGGGCCCCAACAGACUCCCUCGCACACCCCCAAGAAAGUGCUCGCUAAGCUCAACAGUUUCAAGGUCGGGGCCUUGCGGUCGAUGUCUAUACAGGAUAACGACGAACCCGAAAACUCCGAAGAUGUGCCAAAGCCUGACGAAUCCUACAACAUCGACAUUCCGGACUCAAUCACACUUUGGGAAGCACGCGCGAGACCCAGCAAUAGUGCACAAUAUUACCAGUUCACGGAGUUUGCGAUGUCCCUCAACGAGAUGGAGAGGGACAUGAAAGGGCAGCUCUGUCCGACGGACAGCCGCCUGCGCCCCGACAUCCGGCUGCUGGAGCAGGGAGACAUUGAUGGUGCCGCUGCAGAGAAGACACGGCUCGAGGAGAAGCAGCGGAGCGCGAGGAAGGUGUUUAAGAAGAGUGUGGAUGGCUUCCAACCACGAUGGUUCAGUCAAGGCACGAAUCCGUACACAAAGCAAGAAGACUGGCUCUACAACGGGGGCUACUGGGACCGCAACUACCAACAUUUGAAAGACAUCGAUAUAUUUUAACGCUUCCAUGCUACAAACUGUGUGUAAUUCUAUUCUAUUGUGUUAGAAAAGUUAUUUUUUUAAUAUAAUUAGCCCCAUGGUGUUAGAUUGUACACAAAUUCUAAGCUAUUAAGUGUUGACAGGUCUAAAAAUAGUUCCAUCCUUUUUCAACUUGCUCUGCAUGAAAAGGAUGGUAUUACGUUUAUUCGCAUUUCUCUGCAACGGAACAGGCAAAGAUCUUUAACUAUACAGCCUAAUAUGGUAGCCAUUUUGAGUAGUUUCGUUCAGGGUUUGUGAGUGAUUGUUUAACCAAUUAAAUAAAAUGAAAUUUAUGAAAUAGGUUUAUAUAAAAGAAUAUUUACAUGUGAUACUUAAUCGGAGUUUGCUUUAUUGAAAUAAUUCCUAUUUCAACUGAUUACAAAUAAUAAGUAACCAGCAUAUUUUUACUAUUUAUUGUAAGUACAUAGUUAUGUUAUCCUUUAGUCAUAUAAUGUAAAAUGUCUAUGAAAGUAUUGUCUUUUUUAUUUAGAAAGAUAUCGUACGAUUAUGAAAUUAAUUUUUAAAAAGCCGCUUACGUAGCCAAAAUGCCAAAUAUUGUGUUAAUUUAUUUUUAAUUGCCCAGCAAUAUACGGUUAAACCGUUAUUAGAAUUUUAUUUUUUUAUUAAAUCAUUACAAAUACUUAUACAAUACCUGUAAGAUCUAUACGAUUUUUAUACGAUGAUGAUAUUAUUGUUUCUAGUUAUUUUUAAUUAAAUUAAAUGUAAGUCAUAUUAUUUAUUUUAUUACAAUAUUUAGGAGUAGGACAAUAUUUUUUUGUUACUUAUCUAAUAGAUAAAAGCACAAAAUUUCUACAAAACAAAUAUGCUUACCUACUAGAGCUUGGCUACUGAAAGUAGACUGAAAACGCCCGGCAAAUUAAAAAAAAACUAAAAAAAUCGCAUUAUUGUAUAAAAACAUUACUACCUAUAAAAACAAAUUAAAUUGCAAGUAUCAAACCGAAGUAUUCCCUUUUUUGCACUAUGUCUAUGGCAAUGCCCUCCAAUUUUUUUUUUAUUUGCUGGACGCACUACAUAUAGUUUGAUUAGUUAAAAUCUACCUGAAUUUUUAACCGACUUCCAAAAAGGAGGAGGUUCUACGUUCGGCUGUAUGUAUGUUUUUUUUUUUUUUUUUUUUUUAUGUAUGUCCAGCGAUAAUUCCGUCAUUUGUGGACCGAUUUUGAAAAUUCUUUUUUUGUCGUGAAGGGUUUGAUUCCAGGGUGGUCCCAUUUUUUUCAUGUCAGGAUCUGAUGAUGCCAUCUUGGAGAAAUCGAGGGGAACUUUUGAAAAUCGUAGAGACGGCUAGUGCGUUUGUUAGUGUUUCCAUAAGGUAUUUUAAACCACUACAAUUUUAUGAAGGUCUGGAGUUGGUCUGAUGAUGGAGCCGAUACACAGACUAUGGAACUCGUCAACGAUUUACAGCAGGUACCUUUUGUUUGGGCUUAAUUUAUUUGUAUUGAUGAGAACUUUCCACCUAGAUGGGUUGUGACUGUAUUAAGGGUCUGAUGAUGAAGACGAAGGACAGUGAAGAGAACUUCUCGACGGUUCACAGUAGCUACCUUGUGUUUGGACUUGAUAAAUUUGUAUUGAUGAGAACUUUCCACCUAGAUGGGUUGUGACUGUAUUAAGGGUCUGAUGAUGAAGACGAAGGACAGUGAAGAGAACUCCUCGACGGUUCACAGUAGCUACCUUGUGUUUGGACUUGAUAAAUUUGUAUUGAUGAGAACUUUCCACCUAGAUGGGUUGUGACUGUAUUAGGGGUCUGGUGAGGAAAACGAUGGAUAGUUAAGGGAACUCCUCGACGGUUCACAGUAGCUACCUUGUGUUUUGACUUGAUAAUUUUGUAUUGAUGAGAUCUUUCCACCUGGAUAGGUUAUGACUGUAUUAGAGGUCUGGUGAGGAAAACGAAGGAUAGUUAAGGGAACUCCUCGACGGUUCACAGUAGCUACCUUGUGUUUUGACUUGAUAAUUUUGUAUUGAUGAGAUCUUUCCACCUGGAUAGGUUAUGACUGUAUUAGAGGUCUGGUGAUGAAGAUGAAGGAGAGUUAAGGGAACUCCUCGACGGUUCACAGUAGCUACCUUGUGUUUGGACUUGAUAAAUUUUAUAUUGAUGAGAACUUUCCACCCAUAUGGAUUGUGACUGCAUAGGGGGUCUGGUGAUGAAGACGGAGGACAGUCAGUUCACACUCAGUAGGUGUGCUUACACUAAAAAUUAAAAAAUAAAAAUUUUAAUAAAAAAAAUUCAACCGACUUCCAACUCAAAAAUUAACCUAAACUAAAAAGCAAAAAAUAACAUCUUACCUAUGUGCUACCUUCUGAUCAGUUUGAAGGCGGUGCCAGGCCAGUGAUGUUUUAAUUCAAGCCGUUUAAAUUACACAAUUUCUGUGGUUCUUUCAGAAACAGCUUUAAUUAAAACAUGACACUGGAUUGGCACCGCCUUCAAACUGAUCAGAAGGUAGCACAUAGGUAAGAUGUUAUUUUUUGCUUUUUAGUUUAGGUUAAUUUUUGAGUUGGAAGUCGGUUGAAUUUUUUUUAUUAAAAUUUUUAAUAUUCAAUAUUUUAUUAUCAAUCUGUAUGUAGGUAUUUCUCAAAACCCAGAAAUGUGCACCGUUUUUAUAAAUCACGUAAAAGGAAUGUAGCGAUUUAAUUAAUACACUAUUUGAGGAAUGCAAAGGUCAAUGAGUAGGUACAAUUGAUUGGCUAAUGAAUAUUUAUGUAAUAGUAGAUACAAUAAGAAAUUGAACUUGUGGAAUAAUUGAUUUAUUUAACUAUUCUUCACGAAAAACCGACAAAUCCGAGUGACAACUUCUGUAGAUACCUACCUACUGUGCGUUCACACGUUGUAUAGCCAGCAUUUCCUAACUUCUUGUGGAAUGCUUUGGUUUUACAGAGAAAAAGAGAAUUUUCCAUCGGAUUUGGAUGACAUUGUCACUUAUAUUGCUCGGUUUUUUUUUUUUUUUUUGUAACUUUGUAACUACUAAGUAACAUUCAAUAAAAUUAGACUUGUGUAAACAUUUAUUGCUUAGGUACUUUUUUUUUGUGAAUCAAAACAUUAUUCUAUUAUUUCUUAUGACAUCAUUUUGAUGUUUUAAGAAGUAAAUAAUAAUUGUUAAAACAAUUCCUACACUGGAGGAAAAAUACCUACAUUUUUAUGUUAUUUUCAUGUCCAGAUAUACAAAGGCAUCUUUUGUGAAAAAAUGUUUAAUAAUAAAAAUGGUGAUUUUGGUGGGUAGAUUCAAAAUAUAUCUGUAUAAAGUACUGUAGCAUUUUAAACUUCCAGCUAGAUUUUUUAUACACAUUCAAUAAAGCACGUUUUAGACAAAAUAUAAAGAUUAUACACAAAGUAAUUUAAUAAAGGCUUAGUCUUCAUAUUAUUGUGAUAUUUUCAAGAAAAAAAUCUGUAGAUUAUCGCAGACGGAUCUGCCACUUUUUAAGUCGAAUUGGAAAAAUCUUUUUUUAUUUUUGGGGGACAAUUCAAAAGGUUGACGAAUUGCCAACGCAGAUUAUUUUGUCAGAUUUUCUCCAUAACUCACUGAGCUAUCUCAUGUUCUUCCAACAAUUUUUGUUCUAUAUUUAUUAAUGAAUUUUUAUCAUUCUGUUAACUAAAUUAUUAAAUUAGCUAAUUUUACCAUAAUUUAGUCACAAAUAUAGCCAAUGUUAGCUGUUAAUCUAAAGGCCAGCACUCACUGGAGAUGGUAGGCACAGCAUAUUUUUUUCAUUUUGAGCAUGGAUGCUUAAUGCACAUAAUUAUGAUUAUGAUGACUAUUUUUAAAAAAUGAGAAUUGAUUCUGUAGUAUAUGGGACUGCAUGUCAACAGCGUGUAGACUGUUGACAUGACAAAGUUAAGUUUUAUUACCGGAUGUUAUCAAUAUUCUGACAGCCGGAUGCAGUCUGUAUCACGUGGUCAUGCCAGUGUCGAACACGAUGUCAAUAUACCAACCGUUGAAGUAAUGAGUGUAUAAAUACAAGCCUCUCGUGACGGUGGGGCUCAUUCUAGUAUUGCAGCGAUAGCAAUUAACUUUCACUUAAUUGAAUACAGUAUCUACUCAGUAAAGUAGAUACUAUAUGUCUCUCAUUUAUUUAUUACUUCUUUUUUUUUUAAUUUUUAACAAUAUAAGUAUAAAAUACAAAACAUUAUUAAAAAAUUAUAAAAAAAAUUUCACCCUCCCGCUGCGGGACAUUUGAGUGCCCAAGCAACCGGUGGUCAGGGCUCCAGAGUGAGGAACCUCCUCACAAUACGCGCCGUCUCAAGAAUCACUGUCUUUUGUAUCCGACUCUUGAUCCAACAGUUAAGCGAAAGCUUCUUAAGGUGUUGGUCGAAGCUUUUCGCUCUAAGACCAUUGACUGAAACAACUAUCGGAACUAUAAUAGUUAACUCAACAUUCCACAUGGCGGUAAUCUCGUGAGCAAGGUACAAGUAUUUUGAUACUUUUUCCUUUUCGGCUUUAACCAGAUUAUCGUCAUGUGGAACUGUAAUAUCAUAGACAACAUCCUUGACCGGUACGCAGUAAGGUUAGUUCCCUCCUCUGUCGCCCCAUAGUACGCUCGCAUGACGCUCUCAUUGAGUGGACUUAUUAUUAGUAUUCAAUUAAGUGUAAGUUAAAAAAUUAAGUACCAAGUACCCUUGCAGCUAACGCCAAUUUUUCAUUUCUCUUCAUGGCCCUACGACUAUAGUUAUGUUCUAGGAAUAUUAUACAUAUUUUAUUUAGUAAUUACAUACUUGAUUGAUACCUACUAUCUUGUUCCCGACAAGAAUGGAGUAUAGUCGAUAAUACAACGCUUGUUGGCUACCUCCAGUGAAUUCUCGCCUUAAGAGUAGGUACUUUGUAUAUAGGUAUUUUUGCAUUGUCAAAAGAGAUAGCGUUCAAAGCCUGAUUUAAAUCUUGACGCUUUAUCUUACAAGAAGUAAACGGUUGUGACAAUAGCAAUGAAAACACUGCAAUUGUGCAUGCUGUACUAGGUUAUCAUAGGCCAGCUAUGUGUGCUUCCCAACUGCUAUUUGGACGAAUAAUAGAUAUUUAAAAAAAAAAACAAAAUCUCAAUUCGCAGAAUUUUAUUGUUAGAGAUCAGACGGGUGUGUGAAGAUUUUAAUCGCGCUUUGAAACUUCGCUAGGAAUAUCAAAGAAUUGGAUCGAAGUUCUAAUUAUUAGAAAUGAAUGUGACAUAAUUAGAUGUUUAAUUGAACAAAUGUAGAAGGAAAGUUGUCCAUAGGGCUUGUGAAUAUAAUUGUAAUAGUAAAAAUUAUCACUUGAAAUGUAUAUCCUAAAUAAAUAGGACGCCAAAUAAUUAAAGUGUUUUAUUGUUUUUCAUCCGAAUUUUCACACGAUUUUAUACUAGUUGAUGACACUGCCAUGAUACGCGGGUGACGGGGAAAAGACUGCGCGGGUGUGAAAUCGUGCGUGCGGGGAAGUGAGGUGCAUCAGUCAUGAGUUUUUCAUUCAUUGCUACACGCCCCCCGGCCCGCGCGGGCCAUCGGGAGUGUUACGAACGAAGUUGCCAAGCUAUAGUGUAUUAAUGAAAUAUUAAUUAAAUUAAAACCAUCAUUAUUAAAUUAUUAGGUAUUUAUUGUAUACUUUCUCUCACUUCACAACCCUUAUAUAAAUAAUAUCACUUAUUCUUGGUUCAUUAAAAAUAUAUAUAAAAUUUUACAAGAUUUAUAUAUUAAAAUCACAUCGAAGUACUUAAUUAGUUAGUUUUGAGUACAGACGAUACCAUUAAAAUCCUACUGUUUUCUGUCUAACGGUCAAAGCUCAUUAGAGCGAUCCGGCACCUAACCUGCACCGCUUUGCCUUGUGACAGCUUGCAGGCGAACUAACCAAGUGACGCUACGGAGUUAAUUAUGUUGAGCGUACGUCCGCAAAGGUCGAAAUAAAGAACUUAAGCACACGAGGCGAGGCGGAGCAGAUUGGCUGCCAGAUGGCUAUAAUCAGCUAUAGAGUGUCAGUUUCAAAAAUAUUCAGCAAAUUAUAUUCUAUUAUUUUUUUAAUAUAAAAUUUCAG